CCUAGACAUCUAAGCGGAAUUACAACGGACCAAAAAUAGCGCCAAACCCAUGAGUAAAGCCGUGACAAUGGCCACCUUUUCCCUCGAGAACUCAUCCCGAGCUUUAUGAUUGCUUCUUCUCCAUCUCUUUCUUCCUUGCUUGAGGUCCCCUCCUACUUUUGCGCCGGUUUUAUAGACCAGACUUUAUAUUAUUUCACACUCACCCCUUUACCUAUCAUCCCACUCCACUCCCUCUCAUCUCAAGUAACCUUUUUGUUCUCUAAAUCUUCACAGUUUGCCAUUUCUUGAUUUUUUCUUGUGCCCAAGACAGUAGCAGUGGAUGAUUCAGAGAUUUCUCCCUUGGUUUCUUGAAUUUCAGCUCCCAUGACUUCUUGAUCUGUAAUUUUAUGUGCAUAUCUUUUUUGUCUCUUAAAGGGUCUUCCUUUUUCCUUUCUACAUGGUCUGGAGGUGUUUUCUUUUUCUUCCAAUAGAUGGUAAUCUGAGCAGCUGCCUUGUAAAGAAGUCUCCUGCCAAUUAGUGAGAUGGCGAAGGAGUAUGGUGGAUCCCCAAAGCUUCAACAGCUGGAAACAAGGAGAAAACAGCUGACCUGGAUUUUGGGAGUAAGUGGUCUUUGCAUUAUUUUCUAUAUUCUUGGAGCUUGGCAGAGUACCACCUCAAUCCCUUCUGGUCAAUCUGAAGUUUAUACGCGUGUUGGGUGUGAUAAUGCAUCAUCAUCAUCUGGAAAAGGAAACACCGAAAAUCCAGCAAUGCCACAGCAGACAGCUCCCCUUGAUUUUGAAAGCCAUCACCAGUUAGAGGUGAGCGAUGAUGCCGAGGAGCAUAAAAACAUUCCACCUUGUAAUAUGUCAUACAGUGAGUACACCCCUUGCCAGCAUCCACCCAGAGGUAGGUUGUUUCCUCGUGAAAUGUUGAAGUACAGGGAGAGGCAUUGCCCUACAAAGGAUGAGCUCCUCGGCUGCCUCAUUCCUGCUCCACCAAACUACAAGAAGCCUUUCAAGUGGCCUCAAAGUAGGGACUAUGCCUGGUUUGCUAAUAUCCCCCACAAAGAGCUUAGUGUUGAGAAGGCUGUUCAGAACUGGGUCCAAGUUGAAGGUGACCGCCUCCGGUUUCCAGGUGGUGGCACCAUGUUUCCGCGUGGGGCUGAUGCUUACAUAGAUGAUAUUAGUGAGCUUAUUCCCCUUACAAGUGGAGCAAUUCGAACCGCUGUUGAUACUGGUUGUGGGGUUGCAAGUUGGGGUGCUUAUCUGUUGAAGCGAGACAUAGUGGCGAUGUCAUUUGCUCCAAGAGAUACACAUGAAGCGCAGGUAUGGUUUGCACUGGAGAGAGGAGUUCCAGCUAUGAUUGGCAUCAUGGGUUCUCAAAGACUUCCAUAUCCUGCAAGAGCUUUUGAUAUGGCUCACUGCUCACGCUGCUUGAUACCUUGGGCCGCGAGUGAUGGGCUGUAUUUAACUGAAGUUGACAGAGUGCUUAGGCCCGGAGGGUACUGGAUACUUUCGGGCCCUCCUAUCAAUUGGAAGCAAUACUGGAGAGGAUGGGAGAGGACCAAAGAAGAUUUGAAGCAAGAGCAAGACUCCAUUGAGGAUGUCGCCAGACGACUGUGCUGGAAAAAGGUCAUUGAAAAGGGUGAUCUUUCUGUCUGGCAAAAGCCCAUUAACCACCAUGCCUGUUCCCGGAGAAGAUCCAUGUCCACUACACUGUCCAUUUGCAAGUCAAAUGAUGCUGAUGCAGCUUGGUACAAAGAUAUGGAAUCAUGUAUAACACCACUGCCCGAGGUAAGCAACGUGAAUGAGGUGGCAGGGGGUGCAUUAGAGAACUGGCCAGAGCGUGCAUUUGCUGUCCCACCCAGGAUUAGCAGUGGCUCAUUACAGGGGAUCACAGCUGACACAUUCAAAGAGGAUAAUGAAGUGUGGAAGCAAAGGGUUGCAUAUUAUAAGAAUAUUGCGAGUCCCUUGCACCAAGGGCAGUACCGGAACGUAAUGGACAUGAAUGCUAAUUUGGGUGGGUUUGCAGCUGCAUUGUUGAAGUAUCCGGUGUGGGUAAUGAAUGUGGUCCCAGCUAACAUACAACCAGACACCUUGGGCGUAAUCUAUGAACGAGGCUUCAUUGGAACAUACCAAGAUUGGUGCGAAGCAUUCUCUACCUAUCCACGAACGUAUGAUCUCAUCCACGCAGGCCAAGUCUUCAGCUUAUAUAAAGACAGGUGUGACAUUGUCAAUAUCCUCCUCGAGAUGGACAGGAUCCUAAGGCCAGAAGGUACUGUCAUAUUCAGAGAUGCAGUUGAAGUUUUGGUGAAGAUCAAAGGUGUAACAGAUAGAAUGAGAUGGGAAAGUCGGAUUGUAGAUCAUGAAACCGGACCAUUUAACCCGGAGAAGAUUCUUGUGUCUGUGAAAAGUUACUGGACGGGAAACACUUAAAUAAGAGGGAUAGCCAAGCUGGUCUAUGAUUAUCAUUUCUGUUAAGGCUGUUUUGUCCCCCUUAGCUUAUACAUUUAUAGGACAUAUCUAAUACCUUCAACAUGUUUUUUCAUAAGUAAUAACAAAACACUCUUUUACUUGUAUAGGAAGAAGGUACAUAGAUUGUAGAGUAGUACUGGGACAUGGAAUCAAGACCCCCCC